ACUCUUAAACUCUUUCGCGCCACCAAAACACACACAGACAGUUUACGCUCGAUAAACGUUAAACUACUGCGAGUACCUCACUCCAGGUUUAGGUCACUUAUGGUCGAGAGCGCUAAAACCAUGAACGUUUGGGCGCUCCGCGGUUCCCUAGCAACCGGAUUAAGAAGUUUUGAGAAGAACGUGAUCAACGUAAGGCAAACGUCGCUAAUGCAUCGCUGGACGGAUGAUUUCCGUAUAAGAGCAAAGGAACAGUGCGGUACUCCAUCCACCCGAUAUUUUGUGAGAUGGGUCUUUCUGAAAUUUGGGAAUAAAUGGAAAUAAAGAAAUGUUCAGAUGGCACUUGCGUCGACUUUUGUAACAGAGACGGUGCCUUACUUGUUGCAGGUCGCGACAAACCAUCACAACUUUGCUGACAGAGAGAGUUGGACACACAUUACCUACAUGCUGUUUAUCCAUCACUCGUUUACUCUCCGAACUCCAUGCAAAUGAACACCGACAAAAUGUUACUGCGUACCAGAACAAAACGGUUAACAUCGUGGGUGUUCGUGCCUCUGCGAAUAGACGAGCGCGAUUUGACUCGCAAAGUGUCGUGGACGCGUACUUUUCUGCUUCAGUAUAAUCCCGGGCACACGUGAUUCCCAAAUCACUUUCGUAGCAACAUCUCUCAUUUGUCAGAGGAAAAUCCCUGCGCAUUUGUUUGCUCUAUCCCAAAGCCUACAUUUCUGGAUGGCAUUAUCGCGUUUAGUCUAUUUAUAACAUACAGACUCUCAUUGCUUUACGAACAGCAUCACCGGUACCCAGGUGCACCUUGCUAACUUUUGCUCUCUUUGCGUUGAUCUGGAGCCGGAGCGAAUUGGAAACUGGAUGGCUGAAUGAAUGGGGAUCGCGCUUCGUAAAGCUUUCCACAGUCAGCUUCCCGCUAAUUUUAUGUGCUUGCCCCGACAUACGAGUGUUUGUCGUCCUCAUUCGCAUCUCGGUUUUGAGCCAAGAACAAAGAGACAAAAGAGAAGGCGUCAUAUUAUGUCGAAGAAACGCAAAACUCCAGACGACGGUGGCGGUGGGGAGUUCGCGGGCGCAGAGGAUUCCCUUCACCAAGGUUUGACGGAUGAGAAAGUGAAGGCUUAUCUCUCACUCCACCCGCAGAUGCUGGAUGAGUUUGUUCUGGAGAGCGUAAGCACAGAGACGGUAGACAGAUGGUUGAAACGGAAGAGCAGCAGCCAGCCUACAGAUGAUUCUCCGGUUAAAGAAGUCAGCAGGCAGUAUCAGGACACUAAUAUGCAGAGUGUCGUAUAUGAGCUCAACAGCUACAUGGAGCAGCGAUUGGACACUGGAGGAGACAACAAACUACUGCUCUAUGAGUUGUGCAACAUCAUCAAAACAGCCACAAAAGCAGAUGGAUUUGCACUUUAUUUUCUUGGAGAAUGCAACAAUAGUUUAUGUUUGUUCACUCCAACGGGGGCAAAAGAGGGGCUUCCUGGGCUCAUUCCCUCCGGUCCCAUCACGUUCGGGACCACCAUCGCUGCUCACGUUGCAAAGACACGCAAGACACUACUUGUAGAGGACAUCAUGGGGGAUGAGCGGUUUCCUAACGGCACAGGGCAGGACUCAGGGAUUCGUGUUCAUUCUGUUUUGUGUCUACCCAUCCUCACCGCCAUCGGAGACCUCAUCGCCAUCCUGGAGCUUCACCGGCACCGGGGCAGAGAGCCCUUCAACCUCAGCCACCAGGAGGUUGCAACAGCAAAUUUGGCCUGGGCGUCUGUAGCUAUACACCAAGUUCAGGUCUGCAGAGGUCUCGCCAAACAGACAGAACUUAAUGAUUUUCUUCUAGAUGUAUCAAAAACAUACUUUGACAACAUAGUGGCAAUAGAUUCUCUACUUGAACAUAUCAUGAUAUAUGCAAAAAACCUGGUUAAUGCGGACAGGUGUGCGCUCUUCCAGGUGGAUCAUAAUAACAAAGAGCUCUACUCUGACCUGUUUGAUAUCGGUGAGGAGAAUGAAGGGAAACCUGUCUUUAGGAAAACCAAAGAAAUUAGGUUUUCUAUAGAUAAGGGAAUAGCAGGUCAGGUUGCACGAACGGGAGAAGUUUUAAAUAUUCCAGAUGCCUAUGCAGACCCUCGUUUCAACAGAGAAGUAGAUCUCUACACUGGCUACACGACGCGUAACAUCCUCUGCAUGCCCAUAGUGAGCCACGGGAGUGUGAUCGGCGUCGUUCAGAUGGUGAAUAAGCUGGGAGGAAGUGCCUUCACGAAAACUGAUGAAAACAACUUUAAAAUGUUUGCUGUCUUCUGUGCUUUGGCCUUACACUGUGCAAAUAUGUAUCACCGGAUAAGACAUUCAGAGUGUAUUUACCGGGUGACAAUGGAGAAGCUGUCUUACCACAGUAUCUGCACGUCAGAGGAGUGGAAGACCCUCACGCAACUCUCACUUCCUUCAGUUAUAUAUAAAGAGAUUGAACUGUUUCACUUUGACAUCGCCCCUUUUGAAGAACUUUGGCCUGCAAUCUUUGUGAACAUGGUUCAUAAUUCAUGCGGUGAAAGCAGUUUUGAGCUGGAGAAACUGUGUCGCUUUACAAUGUCAGUGCGGAAAAAUUACAGACGAGUUCCAUAUCACAACUGGAAGCACGCUGUGACGGUAGCACACUGUAUGUAUGCCAUCCUGCAGAAGACCACGGGGAUCUUCACUGAGCUGGAGAGGAAAGGCUUGCUCAUCGCUUGCUUAUGUCAUGACCUGGACCACCGCGGCUACAGUAACAGUUAUCUGCAGAAGUUUGAUCAUCCGCUGGCUGCUCUUUAUUCCACCUCCACCAUGGAACAGCAUCAUUUUUCACAGACGGUGUCCAUCCUGCAGCUGGAAGGGCACAAUAUUUUCUCCAACCUGACUUCCAGUGAGUAUGAGCAGGUUCUGGAGAUCAUCAGGAAGGCUAUCAUCGCCACCGACCUCGCACUUUACUUCGGCAAUCGCAAGCAAUUAACUGAGCUGCUGGCCACAGGGGCAUUGGACCUGAACAACCGUGCCCACAGGGACCGUGUGAUUGGUCUGAUGAUGACCGCCUGUGAUCUUUGCUCUGUUACCAAACUAUGGCACGUCACACGACUCACGGCCAAUGACAUCUAUGCUGAAUUUUGGGCUGAGGGAGAUGAGAUGAAAAAGAUUGGAAUCCAACCCAUUCCUAUGAUGGACAGAGAUAAGAAGCAUGAGGUUCCCCAGGGACAGGUGGGGUUUUAUAAUGCAGUGGCUAUUCCAUGUUAUACGACCCUAUCAGAGCUGUUUCCUCCUUCUAAUCCACUGCUUUCAGCCUGCAGGGAAAAUCUGUCCCAUUGGGAACAAAUUGUGCAAGGAGAGGACGUCUCAGCGUGGGCUUUGAAUGAAGAAGUUGACCUGAGCGAGUCUUCAGACAGUGGACCGGUCAAAGUGGACAACUGAAUCUGUGGCACCUAACCCACAGCAGCACCUACAGCCUGCCAAACACAUUGGACUUCCUGUGGACAGUCCCGCGUCCUGCAGAGACAGGAGGAAGUGAAGAGGGCAGGCCAGGAAUGAUAUAUUCGGAAGAUAAACAAACACAUAAUGUUACCUCAGUGGGUGACGGAGGUGAACAGGGCUCCUCCGUUGAUGGCUGGGAUUCAAGUCCACACUGUGUGGAAACUUUUCAGCCGAAUGGACGUCAGAGAUCGCUUUUGCAUCUUUUCAUUUAGGUGAUUAUUUUUCAUUUUGAUCAGUUUGUAGAAGAAGCCUUAAAAACGAACGUGAGUUAAGAUCCCGUCUGUGGAUUAAAAAUGGUACUUUUUAUCCUGCUGUGAUCAGAAAGUUGUACGUAGAGCUACUCGAGUGGCAAAAUACAGAAUGUGGAGUCAAACGUAAGGACGAAGAGGCGUGUUAACUGUAUUGCUCUCGUGAUCUAUACGAUACUUUGAGCAAAAAUGUUUUGCAGUACUUGAAUGAAGAAAUACAGCCUAUUCCGUGUGGAGCUGAAAACAAGAAAGCCCCUGCAGCACAUCUGUCUGAAGCAAAGAGCUUUUGUGAUGAUGGCAUUCACAGUCACGUCACUCUGAACCUCGCUGAAGUCACACGCGGGUCACGGCCAAUCUGCGCCAUCUUCCAAACAGAUAUGAAAGUCAGCUCAUCCUGUUACUCGUGUAUGUGACCUUAAAGAGGUCAUACCGUGAGGAAUCAGUUUUUUUCUUUAACUUUUGAUUUUGUAUGAAAGCACUUCAAAGCAAUGAAAGUACAAAAAUUGUAGUGCAUUUAUUGAAAUGAAACUGUAAAAACAACCCCACACCUUCCUCAGCUCUCUCACGCUGUAAAUUUGAAUACCGUACAUGAAAAUAUGGCUCCUCACAUUUAAAUUUCAAUAACAUCAAUUCAGUGUUCAAAAACCUGGCAUGGUAAGGUAAUGUUUUGCAUGUGUUUGGAAAACUACUGUCGUAUUUAACUACCAAUAGUAGUCAAUAGUAUCUGAGUGAAGAAAUUAACCAAAAUGAUUUUCCAGGCUACACCUGCCUUUAUAUGAAGCUGUAAUAGCAAGAUAUUUCAAAACACUAUUACUAAAUAUAAAAUACCUUCAUUUUGCCUAGACUUUGUUUAAAAUUGUCACAAGUUUGAUUUUUUGUAUAUUGGGGCCUUAACAGUUAAGUUUGAAGAGAGUGCCACAGGCAUUUUUUUUAAGUUAGCCUCAUACCGUAUGGUACGGAGCACCUAAGGGGACAUGGAGCAAAAAUUAAAUAAAGUUUAGUUUCAUGUGCUCACGUGAAGCUAUCGCGUGCUCACAUGAAACUAUCGCAUGCUCACGUGAAACUAUCGCAUGCUCACGUGAAACUAUUGCGUGCGCACGUGAAAUUAUUGUGUGCGCAUGUGAAAGCUAAAGUUUCACGUGCGCGCGCGAUAGUUUCACGUGAGCACGCAAAACUAAACUUAAAAAAAUUCUGCACAUGAAGGUUUUGCGUGAGCACAUGAAAGUUUCACGUGAACACAUGAAAGUUUCAUGUGAGCACAUGAAACUAAACUUUAGAUUUGUUUUACUCCAAUGUCACCUUAGGGGCUCGGUAGUAGGGCAAAAAAAAAAAAAAACGUAAUUAUAUUUUCGAAUAUAUUUUAAAAUAUAAAAAAUGGCCAAAAUAUAUAUUUCCUGAAAUAUAUUUUGGAAUAAUGUUUAAAAAUAUAUUUUUCACCAAUAUAUUUUGUCCAUUUUUUAAAAAUAUAUAUAUAUUUUAAAUAAAUAUAUUUUAAAGCAAGGAAAUAUAUUUAAGUUGCAAUGUAAGAAAAACAGUAAACAUAACAGGUUUAAAAGGUUGAAAUUAAGUAUAUUUUUAACUUUAAAAAUAUACUUUAUAAUAUUUGAUUUUAUUUAGCUUAUAUUUAAAAUAUGUUUUGGGCAAGAAUAAAUUUCUUGACAUAUGGGUUGUAAAAUUAGAAAUGUAUUUGCUUGCCAUUAAAAUACAUUUUGAAAAACAUUUAGUUUAACCCUCAAAUCAACAUUCAUUUUCAAAUUAAAAAAUAUAUUUAGCAUAUUUUAAAUAUGUUUUUUUUUUUUUUUUUGCCGUAUGGGGCAGGAAGCUGGUUUUCUUACAAAAAAGUCCAUUAAUUUCUUCCAUAAAUUUUUGGAUUAUUGCACAAAAUAGAUGAACAAAAAUUUUGUGAAUUUUGAAGUGUAAAUGCCUUUACUAGAAAUAUAAAAAGCCAGAUUUUGACUAAAUUUAUGAAAGUUGUGUUCAUAUGUGCAGAUUAACUUGUUGGACAAAAUGUGUAAGGGUCAUACAUUUUUGUUAAAUACAGAGCAUUUUUUUGCCAUAAAUUAAAGGCUUUUUGACGAGGGAACCAGUAUCCCGCUAACUUCCGGGUUAACCUACAAAAAUACGUCAUUCCUGCAGCACUCUUUUCAGAUCUUGUCACAGUUUUUGAUGAAUGAGACAUAUGGGACAACAGCAAACCUUCAGCCCACGUGAUCAUUGCUUUAUUAUUUUACAUUGGAAGAGGUUAUUUACAUUGUAACAUCAAUGUAACGGCAAAGCAGCAAAUGAGAGCCUGUUUUAUCCUAAAGUUAAAAAAAUAGUAAUAUAAAAAACUAAAUGAUGUAAGAACCCUACAUUAUAAAUGGACCUCAGGGAAAAAUAUGAUCAUGUAAAAGUAUAACACUCCUACAAAUCACUGUAAAUUAAAUGCUUACAAUUGUAUACAUUUGUGUAUGCAACAUGUAGCCAUACCAGAAAUCAGAUGUUUGCGGUUCGUCGUGAUUUUUAGGAUAAGUGUGCAUAUUUCUGACACAGUUAUGUAUAAAACUAAAGUGCAUAAGCAAAUCACUUAGUUGAUUAUGCAAAUGUGAGAUCAUUAUAAAGUGGAUAAGAUCAACAGAUAGUGCAAAACAACUAUUUCUGCUUUUUUAUUGUAGGUACUACAAAUUGACUUUGGCAUUAGCCUAGAUUCCCACUUCUCAUUGUUCUUGACUAUAAAUUGAUUUAAAAAUAAUAAUCAAGUGAUACAUUAAAGAUUUAAAGAAGAGAAUGAAUACAAUGCAUAUAUCAUGAGACAUGUUUACAUGUAAACGUCAUGUAGAAAAUACACUGCCAGCUUAUAAUGCUUCAGUUAUAUAGCAAAUAAUUGACCCUUCAUUAAGCCCCAUUUUGAAGACAUCCCUAACCAAUUCUUCAAUCUUUGUCAUCUACCCAUCAUAUCUCACAACUUUCUGCAUUUUUAAUGUCAAUGGGAAGUCGUGUGUGUCUGUGUAGUUUUAAAUGUUAUAUCCAAACUAUGGUAAAUAAUUGGCACUUUAAAUAGUCAAAGCUAUUAAAGACCUUGCAUGCAUCUGUUGCAUGGGAUAUUGCUCAUUUCUAAUAAUUGUCUUUACACUUUGGAGCACUGUUAUUGUGUCAUUUAAAUUUCUUUUAAGCCGAACAGCAGAUGAAACAAGCCUUAAACUCCUUUCCAGACCGUUAUAACAUCUAUUUUACUGUUCAAGUAUAACUGAAAGAAAAUCUCCAGUUCAUUCCUAUGGGACUUUCUAUAAAGCCUCUGAAAAUGAAUGCUGGAAGUUGCACACUUUGGAGAGUAAGAUUUAUUGCAUCUAGAUCAUAAAAUAUGUAAAAGAGGGCUACAGGUCAGAGCUGUGAGGAUGUUGAUAUCCAUCCAAGGUUCAGAAAUGCUUAAAGAUGAAUUUUAAGUUGAAAAUGUUUGCCUAGUAAUCAAUAUAUUGCCUUUGUUUUUAAGUUUUAUUUACCUGUUUGAAGCCCCCGCAGUCACUGUGGACAAUAAUGAAGCUCUGACAGAUUAUGGCCUUUCUGUAUAUACUGCAGGACUUAUGAGUGAAUGUACUGUCACAAACUGCUUCAACAUGCCUGAAGGUGUACACGGUCAGAUUUGGGAAUGUUAUUAAUGGCUUCCAAUGUUUGUGUGGGUAUGCAGUAUGCAUUGUGUGGGUAUGUGAAGAUGUUGAGUUUUGUAAGCUACAUUCUAAUGGUGCUAUCUUAGGCAGUCAUGCACUUUCUGAUCCUGUGCGCAUGCAAGCGGAUGUACGUGUGUGCGUGCGUGCGUGUGUAUAUGUGUGUGUUUGCUCUGAAUUAUUGCUAUUAUCUGCAGAGUCAGUCACAGACAUCAUCCACAACCUGUUGUCUUUCCCUUCAUAUGCACUAUGUUUAGAGACUAUUAUUAUUGUUAUUAAUGUUAUUGCUCCUGUUAUAUUAUUGCCACAAUUAUUGAUUAUUACCGUUGUUAUUUUGUUAGAGUUCAAUUUUAAAUUAACUUAUAUUUUUUAUACGAAGUUUAGCAUUUUUGUUUUGUAUAGAACAAAUUGUACAUUAUGAAAUAAAGCGAAUGGUAAUUUAGAGCCACUGCAUACUGUUGCCCGAGAUAAAUGUCUCAACUCGAAAUAUGUAUAAGCAGAAAUUACUUUUAUUAAAUAAAAUGCAAAUGCA